GUCCCCAAAGUUAGUCCAAAACACAUACAUAAACACACGUGAACAGAGUAGUACUCAUGGCGUCUCCUCCUUCCACCACAACCUUCUUCCCGGUGCUCCUCCUCCUCCUCCUCUUCUAUGUCGCCGCCAUCGCAAGAUCACAAUCCUACAUUGGAGUAAACUACGGCACGAUAGCGGACAACCUCCCACCACCAUCGGCCACCGCAAAACUCCUCGAAUCAACCUCAAUUGGAAAAGUCCGUCUCUACGGAGCCGACCCAUCGAUCCUAAAGGCUUUAGCCAACACCAACAUAGAAAUAACAAUAGGAGCCGCCAAUAGCGACAUCCCACCAAUGGCAACCGACUUAAACUACGCCAAAUCCUGGCUAUCUUCCAAUGUACUUCCGUACUACCCAUCAACCAAAAUCACCCUCAUUAACGUAGGCAACGAAGUAUUGCAAUACGGCGAACCCGAACUUAAAACACAAUUACUACUCGCUAUGCAAAACCUCCAAACCGCGAUUAAUGAUGUCUCGUUAGGUGGGAAAGUUAAGGUUUCGACGGUUCAUUCAAUGACGGUGUUGGGACAAUCUGAGCCGCCAUCAGCGGGAAGGUUUGAUCCAAGUGUUGUGGAUUUGUUGAAAGGGAUGUUGGAGUUUAAUAAGGCGAAUGGUUCGCCUUUUAUGAUUAACCCGUAUCCGUUCUUUGCUUACCAGACUGAUCCGAGACCCGAAACUUUGGCAUUUUGUUUGUUUGAACCCAAUCCUGGCAGACCAGAUUCUGGGACGAAUAUCAAGUAUAUGAAUAUGUUUGAUGCUCAGGUAGAUGCAGUAAGAUCGGCAUUGAACGCCAUGUCCUUUAACGAUGUUGAGAUUGUGGUCGCUGAGACGGGUUGGUCAUACAAAGGGGAUGUGGCUGAGGCUGGUGCAUCCGUGGAGAACGCCAAGGCUUAUAAUGGCAACUUAGUUAAUCAUCUUAGGUCUAUGGUUGGAACCCCAUUGAUGCCCGGGAAGUCAAUCGAUACCUAUCUAUUUGCAUUAUAUGACGAGGAUUUGAAGCCGGGCAAGCUUUCAGAAAAGUCUUUUGGGAUCUAUAACGUCGACCUCACACCAAUAUACGAUAUCGGGCUCUCCAAGAGUACUAGUCAGGGUGGUCUUGCUACAGCACCAGCUCCUACUUUGAGCCCGCCUAUGGUUGCUCCUCCUGCUAGUGGUGCAACCACACUUCCUACCAAUUCUUCAACGACAUCGACAACUCCCCCUAAUACAACAAGUCCCCGUGGCUCUUCGACUGCUAAGGUCAAUGCAUCUAAAAAUGCAGGUAGCCUGGACAAAGUCGAGAUUAUCUUCAUUGUUGCCACUCUCUUAGCAGUAGUUUCAUUGUUGUAGACUAAUUCGAAGAAGUUACGUGAUCCUUGAGGUUAUGCGGGGGUGUAAUUGUUUUUUUUUUGUGUGUAUGGUAGAGAUCUACAAACUAGUUAGAUUAUGAUGAGUUUGUUGGCAUGAUCAUUUAAUUAACACUUUCUCUUUGCAAAUAUACAUCCGGAUGUAUGUA